AUGCUUAGUCUUUCUCAAAUCAUCCCCUUCGUGAAAUUCCAAUUGGAUUCAAAUCCUCAAGGCUACUUGCCCAAAUGGCUUUUAUUCAUCUCAAUCGUCUCUUUAUUCAAUUCAUGCCAAACUUAUUUAUCCGGUUUAGAAUUAACUCGUAGAGUUUAUGAAAAUAAACCUUUGGAAACUACUUACCUAAGUGCCAGAACCUUCGGCACUUGGACUAUCAUCUCCUCCAUCAUUAGACUCUACGGUUCUUUAUUCAUUACCGAGUCUCAUGUUUAUCAAUUAGUCUUUCUCUCAUAUAUCGUUGCCUUAUUCCAUUUCUCUUCUGAAUGGUUAAUCUUCCGCACUUGUAAAUUAGGGAAAGGUAUCAUGGGUCCCUUCAUCGUCGCUACCACUUCUCUAACAUGGAUGUAUCUACAAAAGGAAUACUACACAGGUUCAUCUUGGUAA